AUUUAUUUUUCAUCUCCACCACUAUGGUCCUGUUUAGUCUAAAUAACUCUAUCGAAACAAUUCCUUCCUGCUUAAACUGCACUCAGAGAUUAGCAACCUUUAAUAUUUCCAAGGCCAUUGUCGUUGGAGUAAUUUUUAGUGUCUUUAUCAUCUUUGGUGUACUUGGAAAUAUUCUGGUAAUUCUCUCAGUGGCCUGCCAUCGUCAUCUACAGACUGUUACACACUAUUUCAUUGCCAACCUUGCUGUAGCGGACCUACUCUUAAUGUCAAUGGUACUUCCAUUUUCAGCUAUCUUUGAAAUCCAAGGGUACUGGAUCUUUGGUCGCAUUUUUUGCAAUAUAUGGGCAGCUGUGGAUGUUUUGUGUUGCACAGCUUCCAUAAUGAGCCUAUGCGCUAUAUCAAUAGAUCGAUACAUUGGUGUAAGUUUUCCCCUUAGGUAUCCCAGUAUUAUGACUGAAAAGAGAGGGAUUCUAGCCCUACUUUGUAUAUGGGUUUUAUCAGUUGUGAUCUCAAUUGGACCUCUAUUUGGCUGGAAGGAGCCAGCACCAGAAGAUGAAACAAUAUGUGAAAUAACGAAAGAGAUGGGCUAUGCACUCUUCUCUGCUUUUGGAUCCUUUUACUUACCUCUUACAAUUACCCUUAUUAUGUACUUUCGAGUAUAUAUUGUAGCCAAAAGAGAAGGUAAAGUUUUAACCUCUGGGUUGAAAUUGGAAAAAUCAGAUUCUGAGGAGGUCACUCUUAGGAUCCAUCGGAAGACCACACCAGAAAGUAUUCGUUCAACUGCUAGUCCAAAGCACAAGGUUUCAUUCUCAGUCCGUCUUCUUAAGUUUUCCAGGGAAAAGAAAGCUGCAAAGACACUGGGAAUCGUAGUUGGAUGCUUUGUUUUAUGCUGGCUUCCAUUCUUUCUUGUCAUGCCCAUAGGAGCUGUUUAUCCUUCUGCAAUGCCUUCAGAAACAAUUUUCAAAAUUACAUUCUGGCUAGGAUAUUUCAACAGCUGCAUCAACCCAGUAAUCUAUCCAUGCUCCAGCCCGGAAUUCAGGAAAGCCUUCCAAAACAUUCUACAUGCCCGAUGUUCACAUAGAAGACAGGCAGCCAGCAAAUACCCAUCUGGUUUCUUAUUAAAUAGCCCAGUUCCCCGGGGUGCAGACGAACAGAAACAUGUGGUUAGAAUUCCAGUUGGCUCAGGAGAAUCUUUCUACAGGAUCUCCAAUUCAGAUGGAGUUUGUGAAUGGAAAUAUUUUUCUCCUUUACCCAGUCCAUCAUCUCCAUAUGGGACAGCUAAAGACUUCUCUAAGUGUAGAACUGCCACAGUGAAUAGUAAAUCUUUGCUACGGAACUGCUGUUGCAUAAGCCCACAACAGGCACCCAGGUGUCAUAAUGUGCCAACAAUUAAGAUACAUACAAUUUCAGUGAGUGAAAAUGGGGAUGCUGUUUGAGCACUGGAGAUGCUGAACUGUCUUCAGUAAAAAUUUGUACUCUCAGUUGUAUGGGAUGAAUCAGGGUUGCAAGUAAAAACAAGUGCCAUAUUUGUAUUCUUAAAGAAUGUGCAAUUCCACUGGUUUGAUUCCAGCAUAAGCCAUUUACAUUCCAUUUUGGAUAAUUAUUCCUUCUUUACCUCCACUUUGUAUUUUAUUAACAGAAAACAGAUUUAAUAUCUGGACAACGCUGCUAAAUUCUGAUUUCAGAUGUGGCUGCAUGAUAGCCUUGGAGUUCCUUAAAAACUAGAUGUUAUAUAAAUAAAAAAACAUCAGGAAUUGAUGAGUGCUAUAGAAAAUGUUAAUUUGGUUGAUGCAGUAUACAGUACUCUGCAAACUAUCACAUUACCAUUUGCUUUGACAUUGUAAUAAAAAUAUGAACUCUACAGCAUCUGAAAAGCAUUCAGGCUUGCAGGAGAUCUUACGCCAUACAGAAUGACCGCGUAUAUAGACUUUGACCUCAGCUUGUUGCUUAACUGUAAAAAUGCAUAGGGUGCCAUUUGUCAUAUUUAUGAAAUAAGGAAAUGCUGAAAAAUCUAAAAUAAUAUGUUGAUUGGAAUUAUUGAAUAGUCAGAAUGUUGAUAUGGUUACCAAGAAAAUGAGAAUAUAUUGCAUGCUUUGGAACUCUUGUGCCAAAAUUGUUAUCUAUGGAAUAAAAUACAACCUUUAUUUUGAUAUCUAUACAUCACUCUUAACAGCCCACAUUUUGGCAGUUUAGGUGAUUUCAUUUGACUUUUUAUACAUAUAAGUGAAGUAUCUUGUCUAUGCACAGGCUUUAAUUUAUUUAUAUUCUGGGUCAGAAACUUUUCUCAGUGUUAAACAUUGGAAGUUAUUUAUAAGGUUGACAUAAUACCUCCAUAUUUCUACUACAAAUAAAUCUCACUAUACAUGGUAGGAUCUUGUUAUGGUUGUUAUUUUACUGGCCUCCAUAAAAAUAACUGAAAAUAAAUAUUCACAAAUUUCUUGCUUUA